GAGCAAGAGCAAGAAAGGAUCUCCUCUGAGCAGGAAAAGAUCUCUUGCCGAGUCUGGUGAAAGUUCCAAGCCAAAAAAGAGUAGGCGGGGCCCCGAUCCCUUGGACACCAUUAGGUUUCGUCCACUAAAAGAUGGACCGAUGAUUACUGCAGAUCUGGUGGAAUGUUAUACACGUCAGUUUGGUCAGGAUCUUUUCAUGAAAGUGAAUAAGAAGGAACGCUAUAUUAAUGUGCGGUUUGCGGACAAGGAGUCUGCGGACAGUGUUAAACGAAAUUUUCAACUUCCUUGGCAGAUGCCUCCUUUCGACAUGGUUUUGACAAAUACCAUUGAUGGGUCUCAGAUAAUUACCCCUGGAGAAGUUAAAAUGUACCAGCCUCCCCGUGAUCUUGAUCAUGAUAAUACACAGCCAAGUGUUCCCAUGUGUUGGAACAACCCACACCCUGUUAUAUUUGAAUUUCCUGAGAAGAAGGAUGAAGAGGCUGAUGAGGCAAGUCCAGCGGCUGAUGAGUCAAGUCCAGCGGCUGAUUUGCCUCCUCGGUUGCAGAAGCCUAAAAGUACCAAGCCACGACGUCAGCCUCGGGUGAUAGCCAAGUAUCCUCCAACUGCUCAGCCACCUCCUCCAUCUUCACGCCCUCCCUUCCGUGAACCUAAGUGGCCGACUCCACCUCCACAUAUUACUGCAUGACCUACAUUCUGUAGUAGUACUACACCCUACGGGGCAAUUAUAUUUGGAUGUAGGCAUUCGAGGCAUUUGCAUUGAAUUGACUUCAAUGCUAAUUUUUGUAUUUGGAUGUUCAUUGACUUAGAAAUUAGAAUCUAAGGGGAGCAACAACUUCAAUUCUUGUUUGGAUGGACAAAACGUAGAAUU